CUGUAAGUUUGGGUGCUUCUCUUUCAGAUGAGUGCCAAAUCUGAUCUGAAAAUUAGGAUCUCGGGUUUCCCAACUUGUAUUGUUUAAUGGGGGAUCUUGUUUGCUGUCUUUAUUGGGAGUUGACAAUCACUUUACUGAUCCAAAUAUUGUCUACUCAUAUAAUCUUCAAUCUCGAGGUUGACUUCUUACACAGAACUACAAAUAGCUCCACUCCCUGUUUCAAAGACCAAGAAGAAACACCAUGGAUGAAACAAAAGCAAGCUCCAAAAUGUUCACCAAAGCAAAAGCAAGCUCCCAUCUUCCCUCCAUUAGAAUCAUCUCAACCGCCCUCGUUCUCUUACUCCUACUGCUUCUCACCCUUUCACAUUUCUACUCAUCUGCUUCUCCCUCGUACCUGUUCAGAAAAUGGCAAGUUGUGCCCUCUUCGACGAACGACGAUUUAACUUCAAAGCUUCGAGACUCCGUCACGUUCCUCCCACUCAAAGACCUCCGCUUCUCCAAAACCGCCAUGGAAGGUAACACCUGGUUCAUGAGCUCGUUGACCGACACCCGCGAGGUCAACGAGUCCGAAUACCUCUACUUCCCUUCACAAGCAUCCAAGGGCAGAAUCCUCUGCAUCCAGGGCCGCAACGACAAAGACGGCACCAAGAAUUCAUACGCCCUCGCAUGGCCCGAAGCUCUCCCCGAAGCCGCGAAACUGACGAAAGGUUUGACCUUUGUCUCCGACAGUUACUACGACUAUGUGAAUCUCUGGCAUGGGCUCACAGCCAUGGCGCCUUUUGUUGGGUGGUCGAUGAAAAAUGGUUGCUUGAGACCUUCCAGGUGGGUGCUUUUCCACUGGGGAGAGAGGAGGGGGAAAAUGGGGUCGUGGCUUGAAAAGCUGAUGGCUGUCAACUUUGGAGAGGUGAAGAUCGAAGGGUUUGAAGGAGAUGAUGAAGGAGGGAAAGCUCAGUGCUUUGAAAAGGCAGUGGUGAUGAGGCACAAUGUGGGCAGUAUGGGGAAGGAGAAGGAGCUUCAGGUUUUCGAGCAGCUGAGAUGCAGAGCACGCAGAUACUGUGGUUUGAAUCCGGCCGGGAAAGGAAGAAGGGAAGUCGACGAUGCGUCGAUCAGGUUGACAUUACUGUUGAGGAGAGGCUCGAGAUCGUUCAAGAAUGCAAGAGCUGUUACUGACGUGUUUGCCAAGGAAUGUGCAGAGGUUAAAGGUUGUGUUCUGAAAGUUGUUCAGUCCGAGGAAUUAACCACCUUCUGUGACCAGGUGAGGACGAUGACAGAGACAGACAUCGUGGCUUCGCCGCAUGGAGCUCAGCUGACGAACAUGCUGUUUAUGGACAGAGGCAGCAGCGUGAUGGAGUUCUUCCCCAAGGGAUGGUUCGAGCUUGCUGGCAUAGGUCAGUAUGUUUUCCAUUGGAUGGCUGAUCAAUCAGGGUUGAUCCACCAGGGGGCAUGGUGGGAACCCAUGGCUAAGAAAGAAUGCCCUUCUCCUGAUAACGAGCUUGAAUGCUUCUUCUUCUACAAAGAUGGACAAGUGGGCCACAACGAAACAUAUUUCGGCGAAUGGGCGAGAAGGGUUCUCAAUCAAGUGAGAGAUAAAAAGGUAGAAGACCAUGGCAAGAGGAUGAAGAUAAAGGCUGAGUCAAAUGCCUGCACCUGCUAAAUUUCUCGCUUGUUUUAUUUACAGAAUAUGAUGUAUGUUUUCAGAACGAAAAUAUUGAAACAAAAAAAGUAGUACAAUUCUGGCGCUUAGCUUACUAUGAAGACUGCUUCGAUAACAAGGAGGGUUGGGUUGUGUGGAGAAGAGAAGCCUAUCUUCUGGAAACUUUGGUCCAAAGGUAGACGAUGAAGAAGCAGAGGAGUGCAAAAAGGACGACGUGGACUAUAUGGUUUGAACCAUUCUUGAUGAUGCUCUUGUUCAACUUCCUUAUGUUGUUCUUCACGCUUGCUUGAGCUUUGAUCACAGUCAUUUGCUGUUCAAUCAAUUAACCAGGCAAUGCCAUUAGACGGGGUUGCUUGCUGCAUCUAUUACAAGCAAGAAUAUUUACUUUGUGUGAAAACCAAGUUCUUUCCAGAUCAAAUUGCAGAGAUAAAACAGCAGCCAACUUGUCACAAAUAUUUGUGCUGCUAAUCCUUACACCUCAAACAAAAGGACCUGCUUCUAUUGCUCCUCAACCUUCUUAAUGCAUCUAUGACACAUUCCCAACUCAGAACUAACUAAACUAGUUGCUAAGAACCCGAAACAACUAGGGUUUUGUACAUCAUACAAGAAACAGUGUAGAAGCAAUCAGCUUAAUUCCCAUGAGUGUAAAGACCGAGGACUAGUGUAUGGCUAACAUUCCUUUGCCCUUAAAAAUGAAAAGUUACAUUGCUCACAGGUUUAAUUUAACCUUCCAGCAUGGAAGCUUAACACUUCAUAUUUACACCAGAAGAUAAAGAACCAAUGCGAAAAAUGAAGUAAUAAACAGAGCUUGUAAAAUACCAAAAAGCAUAAGCAAGGAUCAUGAGACAAGAGCAAAAGGGAAGAAAAACAAAGAAGGCCAAUUAGAGAAUCUAUGUUUAAGCAAACUUAAUAACAUACCAACUGAUCUAGAAAAUCCUUCUGAAAUUUCGCUUCUGUCCCUAUAUCCUGGGCCACCUGCACCACAUGCACAACUGAAAAUUGAGAAAACUGCCCAGACAAACACCACUAAAAACGGUUCAGCAGCCACAAUGACAAUUUUAUACGAUCAAAAAGAAUCAGCCAGUAUCAUCUUCUUAUCGAACAAGCUUGAUGAACUAAAAUUUGAACUUCUUAAGCAUGAAAUGAGAUCCAUCUUGAAAAAACCCGGGAUAUCAAGCUUGAGAUUUAAUACGAUACUGACACACCACGCUUUAUGCUUAAUCAACCAUCGAUAUCGGG